AUGUGGUGGAGUCUUUUCAGUAAAUCUACAUUUUACAAUACAUCCCCUGUAGUUCACUACUGGGCCAACGACAAAAUAUCGGGGAGAAUCCCUCCGUAGUGUCGUGUACUGUAAGAUGUAACCUUCACAGGGGACACGGCGCAGUGUCUAUUGACAGCUUGCUGGUUUUAGGAAUUUAAGGAGAAAUAUAUAAUAUUGACGUGAAAAUCAUGGAAGAUGGAAAGAAGGCUAUACAGCAGUACAUCACUCGUUUUUCAAACCUAUAGAUUUUUGAAUUUCACGGGCAGUAGGUGUUUCACGCCGUUUU